GUCUGGGCCACCUUUGAAGAAAGGCAAAACACGGGUAUUCCAUGGUUUGCAUCAGGACUUUCCAAGUGUGGUUGUAGUUGGCUUGGGUAAGAAGAAUGCUGGAGUAAAUGACCAAGAAAACUGGAAUGAAGGCAAAGAAAACAUUCGUGCAGCUGUUGCAGUUGGCUGCAGACAUAUCCAAGAUCUGGAGAUCCCUUGUGUUGAAGUAGACCCCUGUGGAGAUGCUCAAGCGGCUGCAGAAGGUGCUGUCCUUGGAUUGCAUGAAUAUAAUGAGCUGAAGCAGAAAAAGAAACCUGUAGUUACUCCUCAGCUUCAUGGAAGUGCUGCAGGUGAAGCCUGGCAAAAAGGUGUUACCUACGCCGAGGGUCAGAACCUUGCUCGGUACCUUAUGGAGGCUCCAGCUAAUUAUAUAACUCCAAUCAAAUUUGCUGAACAUAUCGAACAGAAGCUCAGAAGUUUCAGCAAUGUGAAGGUCCACAUAAGACCAGAGUCUUGGAUAGCAACACAACAGAUGGGAGCAUUCCUGAGUGUAGCGAAGGGUUCGGCUGAACCUCCCGUCUUCCUGGAGAUUCACUAUUCAGGUGGUGCUAGGACAAAUGACUGCCCGCUGGUAUUUGUGGGAAAAGGAGUUACGUUUGACAGUGGUGGCAUUUCCCUGAAGCCAUCGUCGGGUAUGGAUGCGAUGAGAGCAGAUAUGGGAGGGGCAGCAACUAUCUGUUCAGCCAUUGUGACAGCAGCAGCUUUAAAUCUACCUCUUAACAUAAUUGGUCUGGCACCCCUCUGUGAAAAUAUGCCCAGUGGUAAGGCAAACAAGCCUGGAGAUGUAGUUAGAGCCAAGAAUGGGAAAACAAUACAGGUGGAUAACACGGAUGCAGAAGGAAGACUGCUGUUAGCUGAUGCUCUUUGUUACGCCCACAAUUUCAAUGCAAGGGCUGUUGUGAACGCUGCAACGUUAACAGGUGCCAUGGAUGUUGCAUUGGGGUCUGCUGCGACUGGAGUGUUCACAAACUCAUCUUGGCUUUGGACUCACCUGUAUGAGGCCAGCAUUUUGACAGGAGACAGAGUUUGGAGAAUGCCUCUCUUUGAACAUUACACAAAACAAGUAACAGACUGUCCUCUUGCAGAUCUGAGUAACAUUGGGAAGUACAGCAGAGCUGGAGGAGCCUGCACCGCUGCUGCAUUCCUGAAGGAAUUUGUGACUUCCUCUCACUGGGCGCAUUUGGAUAUCGCUGGUGUGAUGUCGAAUAAAGACGAGGUGCCCUACCUCCGAAAAGGCAUGGCCGGGCGGCCCACGAGGACGCUCGUAGAGCUCGCGGCUCGAUUAAGUCAAGACAGUCACAAUACCAAAUAAAAUACUUAUUCU